AUGUCUGUGCAGUCUGGAAACAUACUUUCACUGUUGCUUCAGAGUGAUGCACCCAGUCAGCCUUUAGGAUCAUUUUUGAUAACUGAUCUUUGUGGUGUUUCCUUCUCUAAUCUCCAGGCUAAUGAACUCAAGAAACCCCUAUGUGCUCAACCUGAGAAUAAUGCAUUCACCAUUGAAGCUUUAGAAUCACGACUUGUGAGUGGGUUGACUGUUCUUAAAGAACUUCAGAGAGAAGAAAUAACCAAAGAAAGAGUUAUACAGCAAUCAUUACAGUCUCUUACUGGUGAUACGAAAAGGCAAGGGGCUGGUCUAACGCCAUUUGAACAGGAGUGCCUUGUCAGUCUGUGGGACGUUGAUGAAACAAAGGAUGAGAUUGAAGAUGACAAAAUGCAAGACAUAAUAACUGUGUCAUCAAAUCCUCGAGUGGACAAGCUAUGGCAUCGCGUCAAAGAAGACCGGCUGGUUGUAGGAGUGAUCUUAACGACGGACAACUCUGAACCAAUGUCCGGUGUGAGCUUAUUCAUCCUGACAGAGAUGGGCCAGAGUUCAGCACCCGGGGCUGUCCAAACCCAGAGCCAAGUGUUCUGGCUCUCCACACUCGGCCCCUCACCGCCCACCCCCACGUCGCCCUCCUCCUGCACAGCGCCCGCAGCCAAGAGGAGCAGGCAGCAGCGCAGUGCCCAGACCAGCCAUGAUCUCAACACGGGCAGACUGGCCGUGACUGCGCUGGCCGCCCUCACACCUUUGUUGAACUCCGGCCGUGUCAAGUGCCAUGUCAUGCUACAUUACGUUCCGACACAAGACACGUUUGGCCCCGCGAGCGAUUCUACACCGACCACUCUGCACUGUGGGCAGUUGAAGCUGCAGUUACACGGUCAUUUACAAACACAGCUACUGUCCAGGCCGAAACUCAAAACAGAUGAGAAUCAGGAGGACUUUCUCGCUUUGAUGGCAUUGCUGGAUCACUGGACUUUUCACAUAGACUCUCCUGAUUACAGCCUGGGUGAUAUAGCCGGCCAGAUUGAGAAAAGAGUAGGCUGUGAAAGGAUAGAAGUGAGCCCUCAACAUCUUCUGAUAAAUUCUGUGGGACCAUCUGCUCCUACGCUGCUCUGCUGGCACCAGAUAACCCCUUUUCAGGCCGAGCUGUCGGUGCACUCCAGUGAGUUACAGAUGCUGCAGUUCCUGGACUUGCUGUUGGCCUACCUCCCAGAGUCAUGCACCGUGGAGCCUGUCAAAGCUACCAGAGGACGGAGCACACACAUCUUUCCCCUCUCACUGGAGAGGGAAAUAACCUCACUGAGGGACUGUGCGUCUGCCAUGCUUUCCAAAGAAAAGGAUGAUGAUAACGACACAAGAAUGAGCUCUUUUAUCGCUCCUGACCCGCGCUGUGGAGAGGCUCUCCAGAGGUGCAGGGAUGACUGGCAGAGGGACGUGGAGCGGAGCAAAAGGAACUUGUGCCCCCUAGUGGACGUGCAGAGAUACCGCGUGUGGACUGAAAGCCUCUUCAAACAGCAGCUCGGUGGGGAUUUGGCAGCUCUCAUAGAGACGCAGAAAACUUAG